CAGUACGUUUUCCGACUCCCUCCCUAUAUAGACUCAGAACUUCUUUGGGUUCUUCACAUUUCACAACCACCACGACUCCUACAUUUCCCAUUAUAAAGAAAAAACUCACUUCACGGAAACAUUGUGUUAUACCAUACAUAAAAAUCAGUUCUUAAGUGUUUUUUUUUGGUUGUGGUCAAUGGAGAGUUACUUGAGGAAAUGUUGUUUGGUUUCUGUGUUGGUUUUAUAUCUAGGUUUAGGGUUUAAUGUAAAAGCAGAGCCUCAAGUUCCAUGCUACUUUAUCUUUGGUGAUUCUUUGGUUGAUAAUGGAAACAACAAUGGUCUUUCCUCUCUUGCAAGAGCCGAUUAUUACCCUUACGGCAUUGAUUUGGGCGGGCCAACCGGUCGCUUUUCCAAUGGAAAAACUACCGUGGAUGAAAUCGCUGAGCUACUUGGAUUUGAUAACUACAUUCCUGCAUAUAGUGAUGUGAGUGGAGAGCAGAUACUUCAAGGAGUCAACUACGCAUCUGCAGCUGCUGGAAUUAGAGAAGAAACCGGUCAACAAUUGGGACAAAGGAUACCAUUUAGUGGACAAGUUCAGAAUUACCAGAAUACAGUGGCACAGGUGGUGGAACUCCUUGGAGAUGAGAAUACUGCAGCUGAUUACCUUAGGAAAUGUAUUUACUCCGUUGGUUUGGGAAGCAAUGACUAUCUUAAUAAUUACUUCAUGCCUCAGUACUAUUCCACUAGCAGACAGUACACUCCCGAACAGUACGCUGAUGAUCUUAUCAAUCGUUACCGCGACCAACUCAAUGCACUAUACAACUACGGAGCUAGAAAGUUUGCAUUGGUAGGAGUGGGAGCCAUAGGGUGUAGUCCUAACGCACUCGCACAAGGCAGCCCCGAUGGAACAACUUGUGUGGAGCGUCUCAACUCGGCCAACCGAAUCUUCAACAACAGGCUUAAGUCUAUGGUCCAACAGCUCAACAACGAGCACUCUGAUGCUAAGUUCAGCUACAUUAAUGCUUAUGGCGUUUUCCAGGACAUAAUCGCCAACCCCUCUGCUUACGGGUUUACGGUUACUAACGCUGCAUGUUGCGGAGUUGGAAGGAACGGAGGUCAGCUAACAUGUUUACCGGGACAAGGCCCGUGCCCGAACCGUAAUGAGUAUGUGUUUUGGGAUGCGUUUCAUCCAACGGAUGCUGCGAACACGAUCAUUGCUCAGAGAUCUUACAAAGCUCAAUCGUCUUCUGACGUUUAUCCAAUUGAUAUCUCAUCAUUGGCACGGCUUUGAAAGGACAGAGAAUAGAUGAGCUUUCAACCAAAUGUACUUAUGAUUUUCAAGUUCUAAAUUCAGUUAAUGGGAAAAGAUUCUGAUGUUAUGUGUGUACCCAAAUUGUUAUACUUUAUAAAAGUUACACUUUCUGGUUCACUUCCACAAUGCUUUGUUUUUUCUUGGGAGUUAAUAAUCAAUAUAUAAGAGAAAAUGAAAAUUUUUGUGAUCA